GGUUGGGUACCGACUGUAAUAGAUCCCAGCAUCUCAAUGAAACAGUGGAUGGGAAUAAUGGGUUGUAAGAUGCUGUAGAGACCAGUGUCUCGUAUAACUGGGGUGUUUAUUUUUUCUUAAGAGUGUCUCGGAACACGCCGCAGUCUGGAUAAGAACACGUCGCAGAGCCGAGGAAUAAUAAAGCGCUUAGCUAGAAGGACGCAGUUUGUAUCCUGCAGUAGGCUAACCACUGCAGGUUUGCGUGUUGUUUGUCAAAGGUAAAUGCGUGGCUGUUUUUGGCUUUUGAUUAGAUAUCCGAACAAGUACUUUUACCUCAAAUAAUAGCUAGGCUAAAGGUGCUACGAAAUAGGACCAGCACUAAAGCGAGAAAUUGGAAAAUGACGUCGUGUUCAGGAUUACAAAAAAAGGAGCAAUAGGGUUUUCACGUUAAACUUCCUAAUGGUGGCUUGAUUUGUUGAAUUUGUAUUUAAAUUUGUCUGGAAAUGGGAGCACUGACGAGUAGGCAAAAUGCUGGUGUGGAAGAGGUCGACAUUCCUUCUAAUUCUGUCUACCGAUAUCCGCCAAAAUCCGGUAGCUACUUUGCCAGCCAUUUCAUCAUGGGCGGGGAGAAGUUUGACUCCACCCACCCAGAAGGCUAUCUGUUUGGGGAGAACACUGAUCUCAACUUCCUAGGGAACAGACCAGUUCCUUUUCCCUAUGCUGCCCCUCCACCUCAGGAGCCAGUCAAGACCCUGCGCAGCCUCAUCAACAUACGCAAGGAUACGCUCAGACUUGUUCGGUGCAGUGAGGAUGUGAAGUUGCCCAGAGAGGAUGUGGGGAAGGGCCGUGCCUGUUAUAACGUGGAGUUCACCUUUGAUGCUGACACUCAAGUUGCCAUUACAAUAUUCUACCAGGCCAUAGAGGAGUUCCACAAUGGUGUGCCCAUAUACCUACCACAGGAUAGCUCUCUACAGUCUGAGACUGUACACUUUAAGAGAGGAGUCUGCCAGCAGUUUUGCCUGCCUUCCCACUCUGUGAACCUUUCCGAGUGGGCUGAAGAAGAGCUGCUGUUUGACAUGGACAAAGACAUAUACCCCAUGGUAGUGCAGGCAGUGGUGGAUGAGGGCGAAGAGCAUUUAGGGCAUUCACAUGUACUCCUGGCCACUUUUGAGAAGCACAUGGAUGGCAGCUAUUGUGUUAAACCUCUGAAGCAGAAACAAGUGGUGGAUGGAGUCAGUUACCUCCUUCAGGAAAUUUAUGGCAUUGAGAACAAAUACAACAGCCAGGAGUCAAAGGUGGCAGAUGAUGAGAUUAGCGACAACAGCGCGGAGUGCGUGGUGUGUCUGUCUGAUGUCCGUGACACCCUCAUCCUGCCGUGCAGACACCUGUGCCUGUGCAACGCCUGUGCAGACACGCUGCGCUACCAAGCCAACUGCUGCCCCAUCUGCCGACUACCCUUCCGGGCUCUGCUGCAGAUCCGCGCGAUGAGGAAAAAGUCGAGCCCUCUCUCUCCCUCGGGCUUCAACCCCGUCAUCACCUCCCAGACGUCGGACUCUGAGGAGCACUCGGCCUCUGAACACAUUCCACCUGGUUAUGAGGCCGUGUCACUCCUGGAGGCCCUCAACGGCCCUCUCAGCCCCUCUCCCUCUGCCCCCCCACUGCAAAACCUGACAGGGGGGCACGUUUCUGGGACCCUGCCAUCGUACGGAAAUGAGAGUCAUCCCCAACCUGCCCGCUCUCUCUCGCCUCUGGAACGUUCCAUUGACUCCAGCCAGGGCCUGAAGCUCAAGAAGAGUGGUUCUAAGUCCCUUUCCCAGAAUUCAUCUGUACUUCCUGAGGAGGAAGAUGAGAAGUCGUGCAGCGAGUCAGAGGUCCAGGCAUGUCGGAGGAAGAUGGUUGCUGACCAGCAAGAGUGCGGUGUGACUCCAGAGAGUGAGAACCUCACCCUGUCAUCCUCUGGUGCCAUCGACCAGUCCUCCUGUACUGGGACACCCCUAUCCUCCACGAUCACCUCGCCCGAAGACCCUGUUAGCAGUAGCCUGGCCCAGUCUGUGAUGUCCAUGGCCUCUUCUCAGAGCCAGCACUCCCAGCUCAGCACUGACACCCUGUCCUCCAUGUCUGGCUCUUAUUUGGCUGGGGCAGAGGGAGAGGGCCCAGAGACCCCUGCGGAGAGUCGGGGACCGUCCCAGCAGGAGGGAGAGGAAACGCCGGUUGAGAUGAACGAACAUAACUUUCUAGCAGCAGUGGCAGAAGAGCAGGACUCUGAGGGCAAUGAUGUCACAGAAGAAGACUGUCCAUCACCCACCCAGGAACCGGGUGGGCGGAGGAGGAGCGAGGUGCCUUGUCCAGAAUUUGACAAUAACAAUCAGGGCCAGUCUGACACCCCCUGCUUGACAGGGCUGGACAAUGAGCAGUGCCCUGAAGGCCGAUUUGCUGGUCUGUUAUAUCUGGGAACACACCGACAUGGCCGGGGCCCCCUUCCUCACCAUGCCUCCACCAGCAACAUCAAUCUGGAGGAGCAGGGAACUGACAAUGAGACAGUGAGCCCCAAACACACACCCCGUCGUGGACCCCUUGCUGUGUAACUGCCACCCGACUCCAACAGCCACUCUGCACUGCAUCCACCCUCCUCCAACGUACCCAAGGAAUACAACACGUCCCCACCUACCCAAACACACUCACUCUGACCCCGCCACCCCCAGCUGCCAACCUCUCCUCUUUUUGAACAUGGAGCGAAGGCCUUUUCUUGGGUGUGAAUCAUUGCAGGGUCUUUCAAAAAGAGAGAUACAAAAGAAGUAGAAUGGCUUUGGCUGAAAUAUAUUGUCGUCUGGUCCAUACAGUUUGGUUUGGAACUUAUGUCAUUGCCCUCACUUAUGGUAUUUUACACAGUGACCCUGACCAUCUCAAGCCUAACCCAGGACUCCUCCCCUAGUGCAGUAUUAAGCUGAUAGACGUCAGCCAGCACCCAGCGAUAUGCUGAGUCUGAGUCAGCAGGUUUCUGUCCUGUUCAGUGCAGGGAAAAGAGGUCUGAAGAAACUGUCCGUGCCUCUUCUCCCCAUCGUUUCCUGUGCUUGAGUGGCUGCUGCUACCCACCUCACACUGGGAGAGACAAUAGUCUAUUGAGUAUUGGUCAAUGGAAGCAUCCACUGGACGUCUGCUGGUUUUACUCUUUUAUGUCUGUUCAAGGUUUUAGGGGGCCCAUACUGAUAUAAGGGGACCCCAGCACUGUAGAUGCACCACAGCCAAGAAAUUGUGUUUUAUAAUCUGCUAAUUAAUUAUUAUUGUAUUACUAUUAUUCCACUUUGGAGGAGUCGGUUGACCCUAUAUAUCAGACCAAGGAUGUGUUAAAAGUUAAUCCCACCAAACCUUUUUACAGACUUCCUCAUAAAUGACAACUAAACCUGGAUUUGCAUGCAUCUGUUUAAUCUGAAUCAAACCUGGCUCCUGAAGGAUCUUCCCUCUUAAAAUCUACUUUGGAUGUUAUAUCUGUAUACUUGUGAGCUAUUAAGGUUAGCAUGUCUCAUCAUACAACACGGUCUCAGAAUGUAAUUCUGAAGCAGUCUUAAUGAUACAUGGAGAAUGUAAAUUGGGUUCCAUAACCUAGUGGAAUUAGAAAAUGUCUUCACUUCUAGCUUCAGACUUGCCAUUAAUGGCUCAGCAUAUAGUAAAGUGAGCGUGGGUCAGUGAGCUUGGAGUUUUUCACUAAACACAAAACACAAAACACUAAAAUAAAAAGUGGCCUCGUAUUUUCUGCUCUGUGAGCCUCUUAUGCCCACAGAUACCCCUAUUACAUUCUAAACGUUUCCAGAUUAAAAUCUACAUUUGCCUGAUUUAUUUUUUAAACAGAAUACACUGAUAAUUUAUCAAAAGAAGUGGUUUAAAGCUUUGUGAUUCUGCAGUAUGCAAGAGACCAGUCAUGAUCAGAGAUGCUGUGUAAAGGGAUAGCUCCAAAUGUCAUGCAGAGGAUUGUUCCUGCAGCUUCAACACUGGCAUCAUAGUAUUUACACCCCAUACAGUAUAGUUGUGGAAAGAGGUGCUUUAGAACUGGAGUGUGCACAACCCUGAACAAAAUGCACUGUAGUGGAAUUAUAUUGGCAGCGAGUGGCUGCUUACAGUAUUUUUAAUGUUGACAGAAUGUUGCAUUUCUUUCUGUGAUGCGCAGCAUCCAUCCCCAAUUGAGAAUUUGAGAUGUCAGUUUUCCAGUCCAAUGAGUCUGCACACAGACUUCAUAUGUGAAUUCUGCCUUCACUCUGACUAUAAAAGAUAUGAGUCAUCUCCCUAAGCCAGACAUGCUUUGGCCCUCAAUACAUGACACCCCAUCUCGUAUUCUGGGUCAGAUUAUUUCUGUGUCUAUCCUUGUGUUUCCGUUAUCCAUCCAAAACAAUACUGUGAGAUGGUUUCACAACUCUGGACCAGAAAUGGUCUGAGGUUACGGGUAUCUUACCUAGAGUCUCAUUUAAACUGACAACAUUUGUGCUGAUUAGGAACCGCGAUCCCAUAGGUAGACCUUAAUUUGUAUUAUUUUUUUCAAAUGAGUCUUAUUUUAUAAUUUGUUUAGUGUAGCUCUGUUGUCAGUGUUGUUACAUGUUACAUGUGUUUAUCUGUUGAAGCUGUUUGUAAUAUUGGAUGGUUAUGUAAAAUAAAUAAAAAAUGCAGCAUUGUACUUUAAAAGGGACAGUAAUACUAAUGAUGAACGCACUACCUAGUCUUUCCUAGACCACAGAGCUGUGGUGCAUGUGACGAGUGUACAUUGAGCAUGGUAGCCUAGGCCAGUCCACACAAGUCAGUAGUUUACCUCCACGCAGAUCUCCCUCAAGUGCAUUUGCGCUGUAAUCCUACCCUUUCUUUACCAACAGUAUCUACAUCUCUUUCCUCACGUGCACCAUUAGCCGAUUCUCAGUUCACACCUUCACUCUCAAGUCUUCACAGCAAAAUCAGAAGUUGACAGGGCAUUGCCUUCAUCUCAAUAACUUUACCCUUUCAAAGGAAAGGGCUCUCCAGUAAUAACUUUUAUAGAGUUCUGAGAAAUGUGUUACACAAAUGAAACCACACACAAUGAAAAAGAAAAAUACAAUAAACACCUUUCUAAAAA